AUGCAGCGCCCAGAGGGCCCAGGGACGCACACGAUUCCUAUGCCGAAACUAAACUCAGCAGAGGAUGUUUUCACUUUUUGGUUUGGGGUAGAGCCGUCUCUUGAAAAACGCCGAAAGUGUCUUUCCUCCUUCAGCUACUUCGAGUCGCGCGUUGCAACGUGGUUUCUCGGGAAGAACAAGGAGUUCGAGCUAGUUCAGCUGGAAAGCGUUGACCUCGUGCAUCGAGCCGGGCGAGGCGAGCUGCACGGCGGCGAGUGGGACCAACCUCUUGGGUUGCUUGCUCGGAUCUUGCUGACGGAUCAGUUUCCACGGUGCAUCUGGCGCGGACGCGCGGAAGCCUUUCAGUACGACAACGUAGCGCGCGGCAUAUGUCGUGCAAUCCUCGAGAAGGGCUGGGACAAGAGCGAGUUUUUUUUCGCAGAGCGUAUAUUCAUAUAUCUACCUCUAGAGCAUAGUGAAUCCCUCGCAGAUCAGCGCGAAUGUGUUCGUCUGAUGCGCACCGCAGCAGCGGGCUCGCCAUGGCUCACACGCUGGAAACACGCGCGCAGCGUCAACGUGAAAAUGGCUGAGGAUCAUCUCCGCGUAAUCGAAAGGUUUGGACGAUUCCCAUAUCGCAACGAGUCCUUGGGUCGGGCUUCAUCGCCCGACGAAAUAGCAUGGUUGAGAUCAGGGAACUUGCCGGUAUUUGCAAAGAGCCAACUCGCAUCAUCGCAGCACAACGAGGCCGCGAGCACCGAGCCAGCUUCUGCGGGCGGGAAUGCAUCCACAGAACGUGCUUUUGGCAGAGUGUCCCGGUCACCGUGGACUGCGCUAUCGGCUGCGGUGCUGGCCAUUGGAACUGCAGCUGCCAUCAGCUAUCGCAUCUACCAAAGGCGCCAUGAAGUCUGA